AUGUUUUUUAAGAGCGCCCUUGAACUUCGACAACUUGGCAUGGAAUGAUGAUGGACGAACAUUGUAAACUAAAAAACGGAGAAAUCUUUCAAAAUUAUGCUUGUUUACUUAACUGCGUUGAUGGAAAGUCUGAUAAAUUCUACUGCAUUCAAUUGUUAAGAAACGUCAACGGGUUUCACGUGUGGACAAGAUGGGGUCGAAAUGGGACAGAGGGACAAAGCAAACUAGAGGGCCCUAUUAGCCAAGCAGAUGCUGUGAAAAACUUUGAGAAGAAAUUUAUGGAGAAGACCAAAAAUGCAUGGAAUAAGCGUGAACCGUUUAAGGCUGUGAAAGGAAAAUAUACUUUAGUAGAGACGACCAGUAGUUGUGUGAGAAAGACGUUGCAGAAGCCUGACCUUCCAGCUGAUCUUUCAUCAAACAUGCAACUGCCAGUUGAUAUAUUGUACACCAUCUUAAUACACCUUUCUCUGCGAGAUGUUUUAAGAUGCAUUCAAGUCUGCAAGGCUUGGAAAAUAUUGUUAAAUGACAAGUAUUUUUGGAAGAUGUACAUACAAAGAAAUUUUGAUCUUGGAAUUAAGUUUGACUUUUCAAAUGAAGGUCCAAUGGCACAGUGGUCAGAUGAAUGGUAUUGUUACUUUGAAGAUGAUGUAGACAAUAAAGAUGAUAUCUAUGUUAUGCGUCCAUUCCCCUCCAUGUGGAACUGUCGAGUUGUUCAUCCCCAUGGUUUAGAUCCUUUGUCUGGUGAUGUCAAAACCUUACAAGGUCUAUGCCGUUCCCUUGAAAUAUUGAUCUACAUGAGAAGUGAAUUGUCACGGUUAGGAAUAUCCAAUGGCACCCAAUGUUCAGCAAAUGAAGGGAAUCAUGAUAUAUGUGCUGUGUUAUUUCCAUGGGACAAGGAAGAUCUACCAACACCACUUGAACUGCUAGACGAAAUCUUCCAUUUUCACCCAGAAAUAUUUGCUUAUUAUACCAAUCAUCCUAAUGAUAAGGGGGAGUUACGAAAAAACAAAUUACACUUUCACUUACUAGUUCCAGAUAAUGCAUCUGAUAGCUCAGAUUAUGAAGAGGAUGAGGAACAUGACUUGGAGGAAAAGCCAUGUCUUAAUAGGAUUUUUGGAAUGGAUUUCCCUGAUAAAGAUACAAUGUGGAUGUGCGAAGAUUCCCAAAAGUUUUACGAGUGGUUGCAGCCUAUUAUGUAUCCGUCAUUGACUGUAUAUGCUGGUGAAGAUAAAUUUAAUCCUGUUGCAGUGUUCAUGGUGACACACCUUGCCCCAGGAUGGGUAGGUGGUGCUUUAACUGCUGUGACUUAUACCUAAAUUAUGUCAGAAUGACUGAAGUGAGUUAUGGAAGUUAUAUUCAAAUCCAAACGACAUUGAAAAGGACUGCAGAGCAUUUUGUCAGACCCCAAAAAGAGAACUCUCAAAAUAACACCCCCCUCGCUGAAGUUAUUGAGUUUAUUUCUGAGUGUUCCAUUGUUAGACUGUUUACAGUAAUAGUGUGAAUAGAUCAGACUAUGGGUACAGGACCAAAACUUCAAGAGCAAGUCCUCCAGGAAUUUAAACAUAGCUCAGGCCUCAGUGAUUCAACCUCUACAGACUCUGAAAAAAAUAUAAUUAAUUCAGAACUCAUUAUUUGUGGCCUUUGCAUUGUUAAUUGUCCUUAAGCAUUGUUUAACAAAGGGGGGACAUGCCGAGGUGAAAUAUGCAAUUUUCACCAAGAUUUUUCAACGAACUCGUAUCAGCUGGUACCCAGGCGCUUUAAUAGUAAAAUAUAGUAAAAAAAUAUCUAUACAAUAAAUGAAUUUAACAUCUGUGGUACGAAACGCAAGACGAAAAGAAACCGGAAGUCUGAAUUACAUUCCAAAGUUAAUAGAAUGUAACACAGACGUGCUAUUAGCUUGUUCUGUGUUCUGACCAAUAGAAAAUAACCUUAUUACAGCAUUCAACAGCGAAAAGCAUGAUCUAUCAUAUUACAAAAUUUCUGAUUUCACCAUAGGCGGCCCAGAAAUCUGUUUAUAUUCAGUC